AGCCCUAUCUGUAUCAUGGCGGCGUAUCCGGGGCAGGGCUUCCCCGCAGCAGGACCGCCCCCUGGGGGUCCCUACGGACAGCCCCCGCCCGGGGGUCCCUACGGAGGCGGCGGAGCCCCCUACGGACAGCCCGGCCCCUACGGACAGCCCGGCCCCUACGGACAGCCCGGACCGUACGGACAGCCCGGGCAGUACGGCGGGGCGGCUCCCGGAGGCGGUGCCCCCCCGGGCGUGGACCCCGAAGCCUUCUCGUGGUUCCAGGCGGUGGAUGCCGAUGGCAGCGGGUUCAUCUCCGUCCGGGAGCUGAGGCAGGCGCUGGUGAACUCCAACUGGUCAGCGUUCGAUGAGGAGACCUGUCUGCUGAUGAUCAACAUGUUUGAUAAGACCAGGUCGGGACGCAUAGACGUGUACGGCUUCGCCUUGCUGCAGUUCAUCCAGCAGUGGAGGAACCUCUUCCAGCAGUAUGACAGGGACCAGUCAGGCUCCAUCAGCUUCCACGAGCUCCAGCAAGCUUUCUCCCAGAUGGGCUACAACCUCAGCCCCCAGUUUAGCCAACUGCUGCUGUCCCGCUACGCCGCCCGAGACCCCAACCCCAGCAUCCAGCUCGACCGCUUCAUCCACAUCUGCAUCCAGCUCCAGAGCAUCACCGACGCCUUCCGGGAGAAGGACACGGGGCUGGUGGGACACCUGAGGCUCAGCUACGAGGACUUCCUCACCAUGGUUGUCACUCGGAUGCUCUGACACCCUGGGACACAGGCUGGGAGCCACCUGGGAGCUCUGAGUGGGUGUCCCAGAGCUCUGGGUGGUUCUGGGGCCUCUCCAGAAGCUUUGGGUGGCUCUCCAGGAGCUUCAGGUGGCUGUCCCAGAGCUCUGGGUGGUUCUAUGGGCUCUCCCAGAACUCUGGGUAGUACUUCAGGAGCUGUAGAUGGUUCUCUGGGCUCUCCAGGAAUUCCAGGUGGCUGUUCCAGAGCUCUGGGUGGUUCUAGGGCCUCUCCCAGAACUCUGUGUGGUUCUGGGGCCUCUCCAGAAGCUCUGGGUGGCUCUCCAGGAGUUCUAGGUGGUUCUCAGGGCUCUCCCAGAGCUCUGGGUGGUUCUAGGGCCUCUCCAGGAGCUCCAGGCAUCCUCAGCCCCAUGCUGGGAUGUGGGUGAGCCUCCAGAAGAGCGAGCUGAUGCCCUGGGCUGGCUUCCCAGCCUGCUGGGAUCCUCCUGGGUUCGGUUCCUUAUCUCCCAAGCCAAACUGGAGCCCAGUUCUGGGGUCAUUCUGGGCAAUAGCCAAACCAGUAGCCCGUGCCAUGCCUCCUGGGGAGCACUUCAGUCUUUCAGCGCCAGAGCAAUGCUUAAACCCUCUGCUUGGGGUGUCUGUGGUGGAACAUCUCUGUCUCAGCACGCUUCUGGGGACUCUGCAGUGACCAAGAGCUGAGCCAUCACUUACUGAGCAGCAGGAGGGACCCGAGUGCUGGCAGAGUUCAUCCCUCCUUGCCUCACAAGCAGCUCUUCCUCCCCAGGAACACAUCCAACCCCUCGGCAGUGCUGCAAUCACUCCAGCUUUCCUGGGACUCUCCUUUUCUCUCCAUGCUGCUGGAAUGGACCCCUUUGCUGCAGGAUCAUCAACACCCCUUCCACCCCUCCCAAAUCCUUGCCAAUGUCUGUGCUGAUUUGCCUGUCUGCUGAAGCCAAACUCGGGAACGUUUUGGGGCUUAUUUUUACAGCUUUGGAAUAAAAGGCAGUGUGCACUGGUCA